UGUCUGCAUAUCCUUCUCUGGUCUUACCUGAGCAUUUAAGAAGAAACAUUGCUAAAAGUACACUAUAGGUUAAGCGUCUCUUCAGAAGAACCCAAUAGGGAAAAGCCUUGAAGACUUGCCACUUGCUCUAAAGAGACCAAGCUGUCAGCAAUAGAAAUGCUCCUAGGAAACACAGUGCUUGAAGAGAAUGUCAUUGUAUUAGUGGUCUUUUUUUACCUCUUGUGUCUGGUAUUGAUUGUGGAGAAUGGCUAUAUCCUCAUAAUGCUGGCCAGCGAAUGGGCAAGGUGUGGGAUGCUUCCUCCAUGUGAUAAGAUCUUGACCUGCUUGAGUGCAUCUCGUUUCUUCCUGCAGUUGGUGGUGGGUGGAAAAAACCUGUACGUUUUAUUCUAUCCAAUGGUCUUCCCAUACAACACUGUUCAUCAAUACUUUUCUUUCCAGUGGGAUUUUUUGAACUCUGUCACCAUCUGGUCCUCUGCUUUGCUCAGUGUCUUCUACUGUGUGAAAAUCACAACCUUCACCUACCCUGUCUUCCUCUGGCUGAAAUGGAGGAUCUCUGGGUACAUGACCUGGCUAUUGCUUGGCUCUCUUGGCAUCAGCUUUGUUAUUGCCUUCCUAUUUUUCAUUGGCAAUUACCAUCUCUAUAGUGUCUACUCAGGGAAGAGUCUUCUAUUUCAGAAUUACACUGGGGAAAAUUUGAAAAGAAAUUUGGAAAGAUACUACUUUUUCCCUUUGAAAGUAAUUACUUAUUCAAUUCCAGCCUCCAUCUUCUUCCUCUGUAUGGUUUUGCUUAUCACUUCCCUGGAAAGACAUAGAAAGAAGAUACUGCAUAGCAAUUCUGGUCUUUGGGACUUCAGGACCCAGGCUCACACCAGGGCUCUCAAGACACUCCUCACUUUCUCCAUCCUAUUUGCAUCUUAUUUUUUUGCAUUAAUAGUCAAUGCUUCAAAUAUCUUGCCAUCUGAGAAGUCAUGGUACUGGGGAUGGCAGGUUUUGAUUUACCUAUGCACAGCAAUCCAUUCCACAUUUCUGAUCCUGAAUAACCCCCGGCUAAGAGAUGGGCAAUUUUAAGUUUAAGUUGGAUAAAAAACCACAUGGAGAUCCCUGGCCUAACAGAUACAGAAGACAAUUUUUCCCUUGCCCAUUUCUCUAAGAAUCCCUAUUUUCCUAUUGUUCCAAUGAGAUAUCAUUCCAAGACUGAUAGAAAGAGGAAAGGAAUAAGGAUUUUCCAUGAGUACCAAGAAAUGAACAAGAACCAGCGAUAUGUACACAAGAGAAAGAAGACUUUAUGGCUAUGCUUUGGCAAUAUCUAUUUGGUGCUAUUUGACUUAUCAAAUCAAAGACUUUGAAUCAUAUUUUCCUACUGCCCUGUCUUUCUGUAGUAAUGAUUAUCAUUCUGGGAAUUGGUCAUAUGGAUGCUCAUCUACCCACUAAUUUCAUCUGUUGAAGCAGCCUGGAGAAGACAUUUAAUGAAAUGGCAUCCCAUUUCCUUAAAUCAGCAUCAAACUGGGAACAUGCUUUCUUUCUUACAUUAAAGUGUUUCCCUGCUUGUUAUCUGCUAAUGCAACUGGUUCUUCUUGGAAGUCUUCCUCAGGGUGCAGAUUGUGGAGUUGGGGAAUUGGGAUUUAAAUCUCAGCACUACCAUUUACUACUUGACGUAGUGGCCUUGAGCAAAUCAAGUCACUUCUCUAAGCUUCAGUUUCUUUAUUAGGA